AUGUCGCCCUCUGUUCCACCUGCAAGACCCCUCGAGGCAGCCCAAACUGAUCUACCAUCGCAGGGUAAACGCAAGGCAGCCACCAAGCCCCAAGGGCCCAAGAAGCGAGAGCCACUCGCAACAACCUUCACCUGCCUCUUCUGCAACCACGAAAAGGCCAUCCAGAUCAAGCUGGACAAGAAGGCCGGCGUAGGCAAUCUACACUGCAAGGUCUGCGGACAACGGUUCCAGACCGGAAUCAACUACCUCUCUGCCGCCGUCGACGUCUACUCCGACUGGAUCGAUGCCUGCGAGAACGUGGCGCAGGAAGCCGCGGCGCAGGAAGCGGAGGACCAGAAGUUCAGCAGCUACGCCACCGCGCGUCCGGGGGCGGGUGCCGCUGCGUCAAGGGUCGACGACGAAGAAGAAGAAGACGGGGACUAUGGAGGGUAUUGA